AGUCUCUGUUGCGCCGGCUGUCAGCGCCCUCGACCUUAUUUCCCGCCAGCACCGCGCUAUCGCCGGCCAUACGCUGCAUCCCCUCGCUUCGUAUAGCAUUGCCUCGACCGCGGGCAUGUUGGACGCGGGGGACUUCUCUGUCCCCUUCAUGCCCGGCUGCUGUGUGUUGAGCGCCCAAGCCCGUUCUCUCCGCCUGCCGCCUUGCCCUGCCCAUGUCCUGCACUGCGGGCUUGCCCAGCCAGAACCGCCGCGUAUAUGUCGUUCCGCUUCGGGCUCUUCUCUAACCGGGGCGCUAUGCCUUUUGUAGGUUCCGAACACGACCGACUCCGUCCCCAGCCCUAUUUUUCGUCGGCUCACGGCUCCGUCUACUACACCCCCGGGAACCCCGCCGCCGAGCGAAGGCGCCGUUCAAUAGCCAGCCCGGGCUUCCCAACGCCGCUGAUCCAGCCCCGCCAGCGCCGGCCCCACUCCAUUCAUAUCGUCUCGUACCCCGCUGGCUUCGUUCCCCGCGACCUUCGACCGAGCCCGCCCCAGUCCCCCAAGAGGCCGCCUGGGCGCGAGGAAAAGAAGCGGGAGAAGAAGAGCCGCCAAAAGGAGGAGAAGCUACUAAAAAGGGCCGAGGAUAAGGCGCGCCGCGAGAAGGCCGAGAAGACUGAGAAGCGGAGGUUGAUACGUUCGCUCCCACCCAGCGGGGAACGUGUCGGUAGGGCGCUCGAAAAGCUGCUGUCUGUUUUUUCCCUGACGCCAAAGCCGUCGUCGGCCGUGUCAACGACGCCCACCCCACGGGGCCAGUCCAGGCCCUCGAGCUUCAUUAGCUUCGCUCGACGCCUCUCGCGACUGGAGCCAUCAACCGUCGAGGAACCAGUAUUUCACGACAUCAUCCCCCAGGGCCCCGUCCAUCAAGAGUCCGUUCCGCAAGACCCCAACCCUCGAGAACCCCCCAUCCCGCAAGGCCCUGCUUCCCAAGACUCCGAGACCCAGCCCAACAUGACGGCUGCGCCACGGCCCUUCACUAGCGCGGCGAUGAGUGCCACAAAUAGGAAUAGUAUUAUAUCAAUACGAUCUACCAAGACCAUGAUGAGCUCGUCCGUUACAGAGGUGCCGAAACCUGUUGCCUCGGGCAGCGGUUUAUCGUGUUCGAUCAUACUAGCGGAGCCUAAUGUCUUCCUGACAGGCUUCGACCACGACGGCCACACGCGGCAGGAGAGCCAAAACUCCACAGCCUUGCUGCGAGGGAAGCUACAGCUUAACGUGUCAAAGAAUGUCAAGAUCAAGUCUGUGACCCUGAAGCUUGUUGGGAAGGCUAGGACCGAAUGGCCCGAAGGCAUCCCCCCUCUCAAGGUGGAGUUUUUUGAGGAGCAGACAUUGCGGGCACAGUCUCUUGUCUUCUUCCACGCCAUGCACGAGGGAAUGUGGGAGACCGAAUACGGCAGCCAGUGCUCCUUUUCGGUCAAGGCUGGCAACACCCACAGCAACAGCCUCAGGAACUCGUUCUACUCGAAUACCUCGAAUGGGUCCCUGCACGUCCUCAACAAGAACCGAAACACCGGCACGCUCACCGCCAAGGAGCUCAAGCGGCUGUCCUUGCAAUCGGUCAAUUCGCGCAGUUUUGGCAAGGGUGACUCGCCUCUUGCCAACCAAGUCCAGGCCAAGGGGUACAAGAUAUUCUACCCCGGCACCUACGAGUACUCGUUUGAGCUGCCAAUCGAUCAUCACCAGUUGGAGACGACGAAGCUGCAGUAUGGCUCGGUGCGGUGGGAGCUCGAAACGACGGUUGAACGUGCCGGCGCUUUCAAGCCCAACCUCCACGGUGCCAAGGAAGUUUCGGUUGUCCGCCUCCCGGACCAAAUGUCACUCGAAAUGUCGGAGCCCAUCUCCAUCAGCCGGCAAUGGGAGGACCAACUGCAUUACGACAUCAUGAUCUCGGGCAAAAGCUUUCCCAUUGGCACGAGAAUACCCAUCGCAUUCAAGCUCACCCCGCUCGCCAAGGUCCAAGUCCACAAGCUGAAGGUUUUCGUUACCGAGAGUAUCGAGUAUUGGACCAACGACCGGCGAGUCACUCGGAAAGACACGGGCCGGAAGAUUCUCCUCUUGGAGAAGACAGCCGGGCGUCCUCUGGACAAGCAGUUCGAAUCAAGCGAAGUGCGUAUGCUGUGUGGCGGGGAGCUCGAGCCUGACCGUCGGGCCGAGGCCAGGCAGUCGGCAGCGGCACGGAGGAUGAUGGAGGCGGCGAGAUCGAACACCGCACCCCAGCCUUUACCUGACCCGAGCGAAAACCUCUUGGGUGACUUGGACUUGGGCCUCGAGUCCUUCUGGGGAAGCACGGAAAUCGAGAUGAAUGUCCAGAUCCCCACCUGUGAUAUGAUGGCGCGUGACAAGUCAUUGCGGUUGCAUCCGGACUGCAGUUGGAAAAAUGUCAAUGUUUUCCACUGGAUCAAGAUCGUCAUGCGCAUCUCGCGGUCGGACCCCGACGACCCAACUGGAAGGCGUCGGCGCCAUUUUGAGAUCAGCAUCGACAGUCCGUUUACUGUCCUGAACUGCCGUGCUACGCAGGCGAAUACUUCGCUGCCGCAGUACAGCGGCCGCAACGGGCCCGCGGUCGGGCAACGGCAGCAAAGGUCAUGCGGGUGCUCAGACGCCGAAGUCAUUGACAAAAGCCCGUCCAGCUCGGCGGCGCAGCUUCCGCUGGUUGAACAGGAUGUCCUGAAUCCUGACGGCACUCGACUUCGCCUAGAUUGUGUGAACUCGUCCAAUCUCCCAAGCCUCCCACAGGCUGCACACAUCCAAUCCUCGACAAGACUCGGGGGCGCCUCGUCGAGAUUGGGAAAUUCUUCCAGCCGGAGCCGAGGUCAGAUGCUGCCGAGCCCCAUUGAACGGGACCGGCCCAUCCACCUCCUACGGCAGCCGUCGUUCAACCCGCCAGCAUUCGAUGCCGACGACCCACCACCCCCCAUACCGACUGAUCUACUGACGCCGCCACCAAACUACGAUGUCAUCAUAGGAACACCGAGCGUCGAUGGCUUGGCGGAUUAUUUUGCCCGCCUGGCCAUGUACGAGGGUCCGAGCCAGGACACCUUACCGAAUGAUGGUGAUACGGCCGUGGGAGGCGGUGAAGUUGACGGGCUCCUUGCCGAAAGCGACCCUUUCGCCAGCCUAUAUGCCGCGAGCCAGUUAGCUGUUGCAGCCGAUGAUGAUUCCUCGGACAGCGCGGAUGAGGACCCAGCCAGACCGCAUCGGCGCGGAAGAGUAAACAUUGCGAACCCGAGAACGCCUGGAGGUCGGCUCGUCCCGAGUAGGAGUUUGGAGAUUGAGCGGCCCGUUGUCAGGCUGGAUAUGACUGGAGUGGUGAGACGUGGUCAGUAACCUGACCGAACCGGCAAAAGACUGCCUGACCGACCUGCAUGAGAUACGGAUCACAAGAUGGCGUUUUCGGAUGAGGGAUUUUGGGCAUUUUGCAUGCAUUGGUUGCAAGGCUAAGAUCAAUAAAUCUGAUAUGGGAUGGAUGGGAAAAGCUGCCGCACUGGCUGGUUACAAGGGACUGCGAGACGUAUGAUCAAAAUAGACCUGGGACGGUUAAACGGCAAACGCAUCAACGACUGAUUUAGUAGCGAGCACACGAGGCAUGGCGGGCGGCAGGCAAACCACAUAACUGAUAGCGGCAUGACUGAUAGUUAGGCGGCUUCAUGGUAAUCACCUUGGAUUCUUGGAUGG